AAAUGCUUGCGACAAGACAUGCUUCAGCAGAUACGCCAGUCGGAAUAAAGAUUGCAAUCUUUCAAUUCGUCCUUCUACCAAAUAUUCUUCUAUCCGACUCCAUUUGAUUCGCUGAAGACUCCGUGAUCGCAAGCCUCGGACUGAAACUUUGGGCUCGACGCUCCUCGGUUGCCGAUCAAUCUUCCUAGACCCGCCACCUUACCCAUCACCGUUCCCAGAACAUCUCUCAAAACCCACGCCAAAGCCCUCACGCCUCCUCUGGUCUUUCCAUCUUUUCCUGCUCCUCUCGCUAAGCAAUUGCACAGCUGCACUCACUGUUUCCAACUACUCACCAUGUCGUUUUCUUCGCUCGUCUCAGACAUUGCCUACCGGAACUCGGAACGGCCUUCGUUGAUGUCACACAUAUCUGAGGCGCGCUCUACCCGUUCGUAUGCCAGCACUACGGCGACCAGCGUGAGCCUUACCGGCGACAUCAAGAGUCAAUUGCACGGAGGAUAUAGCCACCCGCUGUCGCGAGCAUGGCAGGCGGAGCGACAGCUGACAAAGUCAAUGCUUAUAUAUCCCCUCUUCAUAUCCGACCAGGCCGAUGAGGAGACGCUUAUUCCCUCCCUGCCUAACAUCCACCGCUAUGGCAUCAACAAGAUUGUGCCAUAUCUGACGCCGCUCGUCGCAAAGGGCCUGAAGUCGGUCAUAAUUUUCGGAGUGCCUAUUGCGCCAGGUGCAAAGGAUGCUUUGGGAACCAAUGCAGACGAUCCAAAAGGCCCCGUAAUCAGGUCCAUUCGCCUGCUUCGACGAGCGUUCCCCGACCUCUUCAUCGUUGCCGACGUCUGCCUCUGCGAGUACACUUCACACGGCCACUGCGGUAUCCUGCGGGACGAUGGCAGCCUCAAUAACGCACUCUCUGUCGAGCGUAUCAGCGACGUGGCCAUGGCAUACGCGCAGGCUGGCGCCCACUGCGUUGCGCCUUCAGACAUGAACGAUGGUCGCAUCCGCGCCAUUAAGCUCAAGUUGAUCGAGGCUGGCAUUGCCCACCAGGUCGUGCUCAUGUCGUAUUCCGCAAAGUUCUCUGGAUGCUUGUACGGCCCCUUCCGCGACGCUGCAGGCUCAGUUCCUUCGUUCGGCGACCGACGAUGCUACCAACUGCCUCCUGGUGGACGUGGUCUAGCAAGACGAGCGAUUACACGAGACAUAAACGAGGGUGCUGAUAUCAUCAUGGUUAAGCCUGCAAGUCAAUACCUCGACAUCAUAAGCGAUGCGAAGGAGAUUGGAAAGGACAUGCCCGUUGCAGCAUACCAGGUGUCUGGCGAGUACGCGAUGAUUCACGCAGCAGCAGCGGCAGGUGUAUUCGACCUGAGACAGAUGGCUGAGGAGGCUACACAAGGCAUACUACGAGCAGGCGCGUCGAUAGUCGUGAGCUACUUUACGCCCGAGUUCCUGGACUGGCUCGGCAACUGAGUUGUGAGUGUCGGUUGUAGUUUUCUGUUCCAAAUUCUUGCACAGAUCGUUUUGAUCGUGUCAUGUGAAAAAGACCGGCGUAUUUGGGUGUUUAAUACCAGGGAGGCGUCUCAGAUAACAAGGUUCAAUUUCAAUCUCAUGGUGCAAUUAUAUGCUCUUUACUCAAAUGGUUGAAUUGUUGCAAGAUCUCGUGCUUCACUUCCAUGGCAAAUGCUGACUCGGAGAGAACAAGAGACGGAUGCAUAACAGGAGUUGCAGAGCCUCUGCUCCAGCUGUAUUCUAUAAGCUCACUCAUCCAAGCAAUCUCAUACGCCC